AUGGAUUCGCGAGGAUUAAAAUCCUUGGUAGAUGGAUCAGAGCCGAGUUUUGACUCCAUCCGAUCUCCCUUCCGAUUCAAUCGUUUCAGGAGAUACAUGAAUCCCGCAGCCUCCGCGGCCAAGAUGACGACAAUUCCCAGGAAAACCCCAGAUAUGAACACGAAACCCAUAGACGAAAACAUCUCCGGGAAGCUCGGAGAAGUUCAAUGCGAGGAGAGUUUCUCGUCCAGGAAUCAAGCGGAGAAGAAAGAAGAUUCGUGGCGUUGA